AUGGAUGAAGAAAAGAAUAAAGUACAACAACUUCUUGAAGAAGUGAAGUUAUUAAAUGAAAGAAUUAAUAUUCUUCAAUUAAAAAUAGAAUUUCCAAAUGUACUUGAUGCUAUGGUAUAUUUAAUAUCAAAUAAUAAUGAAAAACUUCAACAAAUAUAUAAAAUUUCACAAGAAGAUAUUAAAUUAACUAAAGAAUAUAUUGAGGAUGCACUAACAUAUACUGAACUUUAUAGAGAAAAUAUUAGCCCAUUAAUUAUUGCAUGUAUAGCUCGUUUAAGAGAAGAAGAAAUGAUUUGUUUAGAAGAAAUCAUUAUUUUAAUAAAUUCAAAGAAGAUAGAAGAAGAAAAAGGAAAAGAAAUUAUUAAACUAAUAGGAGAAAAUAAAAAGAAAUUAGUAGAAUUUAAAAUGGAAAUAAAUAAUAAAGAAGAAAGAAAAGAAGAACAAAUAAUACGAACAUUUGGAAUUGAAAAUGAUAUAGAACGACCUAUUUCAGCACAGAGUAUUGAAUUUAAACGACUUGAAGAAAGACUUCAAUUUGAAAAUAUUUCAACAUUAUCUCAUUAUGUUACAAGACAAAAUCCAAGAGUAGUUUAUUUUGAAAAACAAUUAAAUGUAACUCAACUUAUUAACUCAAUAAAUGGAAAAGAAAAUAUUAUGUUAAUUUGUAGAACAACUAAUAGUAAUAUUUUCUUCGGUAUUUAUUGUCAAAAGAAAAUAAUUAAAAAUUCUUUUGGAAUAGAUGAUCCUUCAUUCUUUAUGUUUGUUACUAAUAAAAAAGAUUUAUAUUGUUUUAUUAAAAAAUCAGUUAUUGGUUCUACUUUUAUGAUAUCAGAUAAAAAAGAAAAUAAAAUCAUUGAAGUAGAUAAAUGUUUCUCAGUAGCAUUCCAAAUAACUAAUGCUUUUAUGAAUACUAAAGUACUUAAAUGUUCAUUUUCUAAAGAAUUAAAUAAAUAUUAUAUAGAAAAAGAUAAUAAAGAAUUACCAUUUAAAAUAGGAAAUUCUAUUAAUUAUGAAGUACUUUCAGUUUAUGCUCUUCAAUGGAAUUAA